AUGGCAUUGGUUCAACGUAAUACCCACGAGCGCAUACUCGCCUUUGCCAAAAUCCAGCAAUCAAUUCGAGAGGAUGACUUGUGGACGGCCGCUUGGAGUAUGUCGAAGUUUCUACAGACACCUCACGUUCUAUCAGCCAGUGAGAGGCAAUGGCUUCAAGAAGAAUAUAGCUGCCGAAUGAAACGGGUCCGAGAUGCUGUAAACUUACUAGAAAGAAUUGCUGUUCAACACGCCCACGAGGAUUUUGAUGACUGGCUCAAUAAUGGAAAUACGUUCACACGGGUUGAGGAAGAGAGCUUCAAAAAGCACGAGGAAAAAUCAACUCAGCUGCUUCAACAAAUCAGUACCUACGGCCGAUCUGCUGGUUACCUUCGCGCAAUUAUUGGUAUGAAGGUCAGACUGGACUCGGCACACAAUGGGGAUUUAUUUGAGCUUGAGGCGAUGGGACCAAGCUCUGGAUUGAAAAAUCUUGAAAAUUUCCGGAUCAGUAUGGAAUAUGCGGAGCACGACUGGGUAGUCAUCCGUCCUGAAGAGGCACGCCAAGGAAAUUAUCACGGUCAACAAUGGACAACGGAAUAG